AUGGACGUGCCGUUCAUUUCCUCAGGUGCAAUUAGUAGGGCUCAUUAUGCUCUCGUCCGGAAAGUGGAAACAGCGCCGUCUCCUCAAGUAGCGGACCAAUAUCUCCUGGACGAGGUCGACGCCGUCCGAGACCAACUGGCACGGUCGACGUUGACUUUGGUAUGUCGCUGGUGUUUAUGUUAUCCUUCGCAUCCUGACUCAGGUCAGAAACAAUGCAAAGAAUACUUGAUAAUACUUUUGUAUUGCACGACGACCGUACAUUCGGCAGACAUAGACCUUGACUUCGCAUUACAUCAUGCUAUCACUCUUGCUGAGAGUGGCAAGAUCGUUCAGGACAAGAGGAUAGGCUAUCUGUUUUGCAAGGAGAUUAUGCCGCUCGACCACGAACUGCAACUAAUGCUCGUGAACACCUUGCGCAAGGAUCUGGAAAGCAUUGACAUUUCGCGCAUCUGUCUUGCACUCGAUAACCUCAUACAAUCUGCGACCGAGGACGUGAUUCCUGCCAUACAGUCUCGCCUGACCGACUUAUUAUCUCACAACUCGAUGCAUGUGCGGCGACGCGCCUUGCUAGCUUUCCAGAGGCUUUCCCGUUACAGUCCAGGGAUUCUUCAAGGAAUCACCAGUAAAUUGCAAAAACGACUGACUGAUUCGGACCCUGUGGUCGUCAGCGCAGCCCUCACAGCUUGUUCGGAAUCGAACAAGGCAGGACUGAUAUCAGCAGAUAAGUACCAUGCCCUCCUAUCAAGGCUUCUCGUAUCCGAAUGGCGUAAUCAUCCCGACCCCGCCAAGAAUCCAUUACUUCUCAAGAUCAUCAAUGCCUUACAUAUUAUUUCUUCCACAGCGGCCCUCUAUCAAUGUUUCUUGGCACUAGCGAAUACCUCACCUGAGCUACUAUCCGCUGUGCAAGAAUCGAGGGGCCGGAAGUUCGUUGAGGGCAUACGUGGUUUGCUAACAUCAAAUGAGCCAAAUGACAUCUAUCUAUUUGUCGCUUGCCUGGAGUGCCUCGAUAGCCAAUUAUGGGCAGGCACUGACUCGGAUGUUCCUGUAGUUCUGGAAGAAUGGGAGAUGGAGCGCGUAAUGAAGCUGCUCGAUUCUGACGAUAGAUGCAUUCGCCAGAAGACCUUACGCAUCCUACAACGAAUCGAGACCGCUAUUGUGGAGGGAUACUACUCGCGCAUACUCCAGGGUGACCUGCAGCUGUCGCACAUGCACAACACAGACGAGACGUGUAAGAGACUGCUAGAAAUCAUCGAAGUGAUAUCUAGCGGGGAUAGCGAGCUAUAUGUUCAGCACGUGAAGAAUAUAUUACAAGCUGUGGAGGGCGACACAGCCAUGGAGUUGCGGCACGUAUUGCAAGAUACUGUUGAAGAACUGCUUGUUUAUAUCAGGGAUGCGGAUAUUUCAUUCCGUAGCGGUUGCAUCGGCAGCUUAUUCGCCAGUGUUAUUGCACAAGAUAGCCAGAUAGGCCCCACGAUGAUGAUUGUCCUUGUUGCGCUUGUCACUGAGUUCUUGUCGCUUUCACCGACGUCACCCAUGAACCUUCUUGUUGGGAUUAGCAGACGACUCUCAUCAUACUCAGUAUCUAUUCAAGAUGCCUGCCUACUCUGCAUGAUUCGUCUUGCAGCCGAAUGUGACGACGUGCCAACCGAGGUCAUCGACACGGUACGCAAGCUGCUUGAACGUAGCGGAAGGUACAUCAGACGGCGCUGUGAUCAGUUUAUUAAUUUGUCCCUACACAAAAGAGCUCUUCGAGACAUCGUUUCAUCGGCGAGAUCUACUUCUCUCCCAGAUUUUUUGGCUGCCUUGGAAGCGCAAGCACCCAGUGUCACGUCAUCUUCGAACCGUUCACCCUCUCUGCAUACAGCACAAUCGCCCGAACGUUCGGUAUCUCGCACAUCUAAUCCCACACAGAAGCUACGCUAUGAAGCGUACGAGCCUCCAAAGCCAGCUCCGCGUCUCCGGCGCUAUAGCAGCAGCAGCUCACGAGCCUCAGACGACGGAAGCUCCAAGUUCGUCGGCGAGUCGCAAGAUGGGCUCGCCCGGACUAUCACACCUGGAGACCUUGCACUCGCAUCGCGUAGAGACCUCAAGACAAUGUCCACUGGCUCGCCUGCUCCGGCAAACAGUCUACCCGUCGUGCAAAUACUGGAUGAAGAUGACUCCGCCACUCGUGUCGAUCUAAUCGCUCUUGACUCGCCCUUCGUCUCUGAGCCUAUGCAGCCAAUUUCAGCCGUGUUGGAGGCAUCGGAGCCAGACUUUGAAACAGUUUGGAAUCGUCUUGCUGAUCACAAUGCCCGAGGAUGGUGCGAGGCGUCUAUCGAUGCCGUCGUGCGACGAUUGCAGGGGGUGCAACGUCGUCUUAAGGUCAUUUCGGAGGAUCAAGAUCCGUUUAAAGGCGAACUGAAGAUCCUAGUAUUGCCUUCAGUAGCUCAAGACUCCCGGGUGGCUGUACUUCGCCUGAAAGCAAGCGAUGACGACAGUUGUCUCUGGCGUUUGCGAUGCCAAGAUGAUUCAUUGCUCAAGAUGAUCCGGGGGAUGUUGGCAGAAUCGUACUAGAUAUGUCAUGAGACUUCUUGAUUGUUUGUCAUGUG